AUAAUAAAGCAAAGUUUCAACUUUCUGGGGGGGGGGAAAGAUUGGUGAAAAGAUUCACCAGGGUCACCCCCUUAAUCUUGGCCAAGGGACAAACAACUUGAAUUUUGGUCUACAUUUUCCUUUAAAUAACGUGAAAUGGCGGUGAAAUAACGGUUAAGUAACGCGUAAUAACAUUGAAAUGCCCUUGAAAUAACGUUAAAAUGACAAUGAAAUAACUCGAAUUUGAAAUAACGGUGUACAAAUUUUGACGGAGUUGUUUGCCCCUCGAUCUUGGCCAUGUGACAGCGUGACAGUUCGUAUGCAGCGCAGGCCUGAUGCUAACCGAACGCUCGUGUGUGGCUCCUUUGUGUAUUUCCGUUCCUUUCUCAUGUCAUGUGCCUUGGAACACGCCAGCACGACCAGCGGCUGCAUUUUCGCGGCACAGACAGCAGGAUGCGGUCGCCGUGGCAGCCCUGCUGCGUCGCAGUCCUUAUCGCGCUGGCCGAACUGCUGCUCCAGCUCCACGCUUUGAACAAGAGCUAUGUGGUGGAGUUCGACAGCGUCGAGAGUACCUACGACCACAACUACUUCGGCGAGCGCACAGGCAUGGCUCUCCGUCAGAAGGACAAGACGGGGCACUCGCGGGUCUCCUCUUUCGUAGACGUCAUAAAUAUAUUGCCAAAUGACACCGUGUUUGAUAUCAGUCUUUUCGAGAUGCACCAGAAAAGGUACAUUCAAAGCUCCGUGAAGUAUCGCACCAACUGGUGUGAGUACUUGCGCAAGGAGAACAGGCCUAUACUUAGAUCAUUAAAAGUGUAUUACAAGUUCCCCUCCUCAUGUCCGGUUCUGGGCUAUUACAAGUGUGAAAAUGAAAGGUUUGAAGAUAUUCAACCACCGUUUCUCCCUGGUCCUGACAAUUGGAAGAUAGUCUUCGAAAUCACUUCCGGGGGAAUGUCUUUGCUUAAGGACACGGUCGCGUUUCACGUUGAACGGCCGAAGAAAAAACGCGGUUAUUGAAAGCUCCAUUACGAUUUAAUUCCGCCACGUCAUGGAGCGUAACUGUUAGGGUAAAGUGCCGAAUAUAAACGAAGCCGUGUAGCGAGCUAGGCCUUGGUCCACAGAUCGGCCAAUCGCACUGUUGGGGACCUGCCAUUGCUGAAGGGGACUUAUCGGUGCUGAGCACAGAAGGACAGAAAGCUCGUAUUAUGUGUUAAUUAUGAUAGACGUUGAUGAUGGGGUCGGAGAAGCUUAUGUCUCACUACUUAUGUCAAAGCUACCCGCAACUGAUCUCGUGUGGCCAGAGGAAGUUCUCAGUUUUUCUGUGCCGUACCACCAUGUGUAUAUGAAGAUCAAUCCUGAAGAGCUUCCUGAAAACGUGGGCUAUCGCAUAAAAGGAGAAGACAAUGAGAAAAUUGCCGUAUUCACAAGAGCCAAAGUUCUGCAAUAACCAGCCAAUUAGGUACAGAUAUGCACUUCUUUGGAUAUUUUGAUUAAAUAAUGCGUGUUAA